AAAAAUGAAAAUGGUCUCCAAACUACCCGCCAGGGAGUGUCAGCUACAUAACGUACAGUUCUACAACCUUCUGCCCCGUGGAAUAGCAUGUUCCUCGUUCAGCCAAUCACAGAAGAAGCUAGCAUGUGCGAGGGACGAUGGUACGAUCGAAAUCUGGAACAUGGCACACGCACCGUUCCUGGAGAAAACGAUCCCCGGUGGGGAAGGUGUGUCGGUCGAAGGAAUUGCCUGGGCCGGCAUCCGUCUGUUCGUCGUCAGCCUCGCCGGGUCGCUGGUUGAGUGGGAGCUAAAGCCCGAUAGCGAUCGACCGCGCGUGAAGCAGUCGGUCUACGUGACGGGCAACGCUGCCUGGUGCAUAGAUGUAAGCCGUGAUGAGCGGCUGCUGGCCGUGGGUACAGACGGCGGUUACAUCAACGUGUACCGGUUGGACAACGGCGAGAUCACGUACGAGCGCAUCCUAGAUAAGCAGGAGGGUCGUAUCGUUUGCUGCUGUUUCGACUGGAGCGGCGACUUUUUGGUGACCGGAUCGACGAACGCCGUGCGCGUGUGGGACGUGCGGAAGGGCCACGCCGUGCACAAGAUGACGGUUGGGCGAUCGAACCCGAACACCGACACCAACGUUUGGGCCGUUUACGUGCUGAAGGAUUUCACCAUUGUGUCGGCCGAUUCCCGAGGCAAAAUGGUGGUGUACGACGGGCAACAGGGUACCGUCUUAGAAAUCCACUGCAUCUCAAAGGCGGAUCUGCUCUGCCUGGCGAUGGACGAAGUAAAUCAAAUCCUGUUCGUUUCUGGCGUGGAACCCAGCAUUCGUACGUUCCACUACGUGGAAGCGGAAGUUGGACGGCAGAAAAACGCCAAUUCGGCACACGGACCGCCGGGAAAGUAUUUCGCACGACACAUAACCCGGCGUUGUCAUACGCACGACGUCAAAACGAUGGUCACAUUCGGGAACAGUCUCGUGUCAGGCGGUGUCGACGGGACGCUGGUCGUGACUUCUUUCCCACCCUAUCGAAUAGAUAAGUACUUGCCGCUGUUGCCGGGUUCGGCCGUCAUCGUGGCCCACGACAGUCGGAUGGUGCUGCUGCGUUACCUCAACUACCUCGAGGUCUGGUCGUUGGCCCCCCAAGAAAAGCUCUCGCUGGGUGGCGUCAAGCUGCUGCAGAUUCGCAGCAAAAAGGACGAACACAUCGCCACGGCCGCGAUCUCUCCGAAUGGGCGGUGGAUCGUCUACUCGACGGAAAGCACUAUCCGGUUGUUCCGGUACGACUGCGAACUGGCGGAUCCGACGAACUCGUGUCUCGAGCGUGUCCGGAAUCCACCGGAGCAGUUCUCUGUCUGCUAUCGCGUUGACUUUACGCACGAUUCCGCUGGCAUGUUCCUGUACCAUCGGUCGGGGACGAUUCACUUUUUCAGCUGCACUGGCGACGACAACGAGGAGUGGGACCACUGCCAAUCGAUCGAGGCCGGGCGGUGGCUAACGGACACGAUCCAUCUGUCGGCGGUAUCGCGCUGCAAUCGCUACCUCGUGUGCGCGGACGUGGCCAGUGCGAUCGUAGUAUUCGAGAGAUCCGGCAGCAAGUGGAAGCGAUCGAUAUCUCUCCCGCGCUACAAACUGCCCCCGACGGCUAUCGCGAUUCAACCGAACCGAACACGGCUGGCCGUUGCCUUUGCGGAUUACAAGCUAUUCCUGUACGACUUCGAUCAGUUCCAGUUCGUGUUUUCUGCGUACGUGCAGUUCGACACGUUGAACCCGGAACUGAUGAACCAACCGAUUUCCGGGAUCACAUGCGAUCCUCGGCACGAAUCCACACUGCUGUUGCAGAGUGCUUCCCACAUCCUAACGCUGCGUUUCGGCGAAGAUAUCGAAGACGAGGAGAUGAUGCUGAAAGAGUCGUCGAAGAAGAAGAAGAAACAAACGAGCGGCAACGAGAACGACAGCAACGAGGGCAGCCUCUCGGAGUACAAACUGCAGGUGGUUCGCGAAACUCCCCGGCUCGUGGCCAUCGAUUGGCUCGGCGAAGACGAACUGGUGGCGGUUCAGGCAAACUCACUUUCGAUGGUUGAACAUCUGCCAGCACCAUUCCGAAGGAAGAUAUACGGCACGGCGUAGUGGCCACGUGUACGCUGCACUGUCAUGGGUAUAAUGGCG